GCGUAGCGACGGCUCCACGUGGUUCCUGUUAUGUUAGCAUUUGCACAUUAUUUGCGUGCGCAUUAAGGUAUUUACAGCUAUAUUAAACCGCGCGGAGCUUUUGUUUUGUGAGUGUUUUUGUCCGCGGAUAUUGUUUCCCGGAUGUGAUGUAAAAGACACGCGCUGGAAUCUGCCGGGAAAAAAAGCGGAGGAGUGGAGUUUGUUGUUGAUGUUGUUGUGAUUUUUUGACAGAAGCCGCCUGACCGAGCGGCGGAUGAGGACCCGCUAAUGGAAAUAGAUGGUAAUGGCACGGGGACGUCUCGCUGUGAAACAAGAUGGUCGCCGCAACUGUCAGGGCUCCCGCUCAAGCUCCUACAGCGACUUAUGCUGUUCCAACGCCAAGGAGUGGAGUUCGCCCUCUCUAAAAACGGACGGUGCAUGAUUGCAGAUGAGAUGGGUCUGGGUAAAACCGUCCAGGCCAUAGCGGUGGCGUACUCGUACAGACAGGAGUGGCCCCUGCUGGUGGUGGUCCCGUCCUCUCUCAAGUAUCCCUGGAUCGAGGAGCUGGAGCGCUGGGUCCCAGAACUGAAACCUGGAGACAUCAACCUGGUGGAGAACAAGAGUCAUACUAUGGGCAUCAGCAGGAGUAAAGUGACCGUUUUGGGGUACGGCCUGUUGACGUCGGACGCCCGUUCUUUGGUGGAGGCUCUGUCCAGGCAGAAGUUCGCUGUGGUCGUGGUGGACGAGUCUCAUUACCUCAAAUCGAGAAACGCCGCUCGCACCAAGAUCCUGGUCCCACUGAUCCAGAGCGCCAAGAGGGCCAUCCUGCUCACCGGGACGCCAGCUCUGGGAAGACCUGAAGAGCUGUUCAUGCAGAUCGACGCUCUCUACCCCAAGAGAUUCGGCACGUGGUCUGACUACGCCAAGAGAUACUGCAACGCCCACUACAGAUAUUUCGGCUCUCGUCGUCAGUGGGACUGCAGAGGAGCCUCGAACCUGGACCAGCUCCACAAACUGCUGAGUCAGAUCAUGAUCCGGAGACUCAAACAGGACGUCCUCACACAGCUGCCCCCCAAAAUCAGACAGAGGAUCCCCUUUGACCUGCCCAAGGACGCCGCCAAGGAGGCCGCGUCCAGUUUCGCCGAGUGGGAGCGCCUGAUGAAGGGGACGGGGUCAGAGGGCGUCGCCGCGGACAACUCCUUCGCCGAGGUCAUGGGCCUGGUCACGCAGAUGUACAAGCAGACCGCCGUCGCCAAGGCCGGCGCGGUGAAGGACUACAUAAAGAUGAUGUUGGAGGACGAGCAGCUGAAGUUCCUGGUUUUCGCGCACCACCUGACCAUGCUCCAGGCCUGUACCGAAGCAGCGAUAGAGGCCAAGGCUGGGUAUAUCCGAAUAGACGGAAGUGUCCCAUCUUCAGAGAGAAUUCAACUUGUGCACAAAUUUCAGAGCGAUCCAGCAACAAGAGUGGCCAUCCUCAGUAUCCAAGCAGCAGGACAGGGUCUGACCUUCACGGCGGCGUCCCACGUGGUCUUCGCCGAGCUCUACUGGAACCCGGGUCACAUGAAGCAGGCGGAGGACCGGGCGCACCGCAUCGGCCAGACCUGCUCCGUCAACGUCCACUACCUGAUCGCCAAGGGAACGUUCGACACCGUGAUGUGGGGCAUGCUCAACAGGAAGGAGACCGUGACUGGCAGCACUCUGAACGGGAGGAAGGAGUAUUUAAACGCACACGAAGGCGACAAGGACAAAUGGGACUUCCUGAACUUCGCCAGCGCCUGGACCCCGAGCGAGAUGGUGCUGCCCCCCGGGGGAGACUCCAAGAAUGUCAGCGAGGAUGUGUUUUUCACUCAUUUUGAGAAAAAUAAACAACACGACAUCCGAACCUUCUUCUCGCCAAACGCCGGCAACGAAAAGAAAAGAAAGCGCCUCGAAAACGAGUCUACGCCCCAAUCCGACGAAACAUCUCCUGUCGUCGAAGCGAAUUUCGACUUAGAGGAAAGCGUCUCAACACCAGAAGAUGAUUUUACUCCGCAGCAGAAGAGGAUGAAGACUCCCCAAGCUACUCCGAGCCCCCUGUCUCGAUUCGGGGCGAAAAGGAGAGCGACUAUCGGAGGAACCGGCGCUAGAAAUCCUAAAAUGUCCAUCCUGGCUCCUCGCAGAUUGACAGCGAGUGGGAGUUUGGGAAAAACGUGGAAUUGUCAAGCUUGUACUUACUGCAAUAGUGGACUGCUGCCGUACUGUGAGAUGUGUGAAGCUCCGAGGCCCACAGUUUCUCCAGACCCACCAGCGUCCGACCGAGAAGACCCCGUAGUCCUCUCUGACAGCGAAGGGGCGGAGCUUCCAGACCGUCACCGCGAAACGGCAGACGAAGAGGAAGAAGAAGAAGAAGAAAGAGAAGAAAAGCGCCACGAACGACCAGACCUCCAAAACAAACAAGAUGGCCGCCCCGCUGAUCAAACACACGAUGGAAAAAGUGACCAAGAUGAAGAAGACCCCAGCCUCCCCGUGUACCCAGGACUGCAGUUCUGCGCCAGCCAGUACACAGACAGAAUAUACGUCUACACUAAGGACGGCUCUGCGUUGGACUGCAGCUUCAUCCCUCUGGACGUCCAACUCAACAACUGGGACGAGCUGCCCCCGGCCUUUAGCCAUCGCCACGGAAACCGAAUCCAGGUGAUGAGAUUCGUGCAGGAGUGGUGCGGACUGACAGCCAUGAAGCAGAAGCUCUUGCGUCGCAGCGGGACCCUCUUCCAUUCGCCCGCUUUGGGACUACAACAGCUAGCCAGCAGCCAACGCCCGCACUCCAGCACCAAGAGGUACCUGGGCAGAGACGAGGUGGCUCAGGCGUCUCUAGACAAGGCCCAGAAGGAGGGCGGCAGCGUACGGGUCGUCACGAGGGACGAUUUCUUCCAAAAACGCAAGUCGGCGUCGUCUCUCAGCUCGCCUGGGUCAGAUAAGUGUGAGGAGGGUCCAUCUAAGCCCGUGGAGGAUUCGCCCCGUCGUGAGCAGGGGUAUGUCCAGGCCCUGGACAGCAAAGGGGUCCCACUGUGUCUGUCCUGUCAACAGCCCUGCUCCACCACAGGAGGGGCCUGGGACACUCGCUUCUGCUCCCACAAGUGUCAGGAGGACUUCCAGCUUCGUUCCAGUCAGAGCUUCAUGAGGUCUCGUGUGCUGGAGGUGGAGCAGGGCGUGUGUCAGACGUGUGGACUCCAGGCUCACCAGCUGUACCUGAAGGUCCGAGACGCCCCCCCCUCACAGAGGAAGCACCUGCUGCACAACACCUGGCUCUCCCAGCUGCCGCUCAGCAAGACAGCUUAA